GACUUUGGUGACUAUUCAGUAUAUAAACUAACCUGAAAUCAAAUGUCACGAUUUUAAUGAACGACGUGUGACAUGAUUAACGACAAUCGCCUCAUGAAAAUGUAAAAUGCACGUUUCCAUUUAACGUAAAAAUUCACCACCACCGAUCACCAUCCACAAUCAAAAUCGACAAGUGAUGCUAUCACGCAUUAUAACAUCAAUAAUUUUACCGAAAAAUCAAAUAUUCAGAAGAUACGCCAUCUCAAAAGCAAAUAACAUAACCUACAAAUCACAGUUAAGAAAAAUCUACAAAGAAACGAUAAGAACUUAUACGCAACACCCCAAAACCCCCGAUCUCAUUUACAUCCCUCACAUAUUCAGAUGGGUAAAGACGAAAUUUCAAUUUAAAUAUUUACAGAGAACCUGCGAUCCCGAAUUUACCGAAGGGGCUUUCAUAUUCGGUACAUCGAAAGCGGUAUGUCGCAUCACCGAAAUCAUACACGAAGACAGACCCGAAGAACUCGACGAAUUACUCACCCCAUCGGCCAGAUUGAAAUUGAAACAAGACAUGAAAACGAAAUUGACCAAAUUACAAAAAACAAUCAUCAAACUCAAACCGGAAGAUAUUAAAAUAUUAGUGCCGAUUAACGUCAAUUUGCGACACGAAGGGCCGAAUAAAAUCUGCAGGGUGGGAAUGAGGGUUUUGGCGUUGAAAUGGAUGAAACCGAACAACGGACCGAUGAGACUCGUAUUGGUGGCGAUCCAAACGGAAUUUUCCAGAGAAUAUAAACAGGAAACGGUAACGGAUUGGAAUAUAAGCGCUUUCGACGUACUGGAAUGCGUCGUACUUUCCACGUCGACGACUUAUGGAUAAAAGUUUCGAAAUAAACAAAUUUUUCAUUUUUUUUUUUUGUAAAUAAAUAUAUUUGAAACAAUAAUUUUUGUUUAUCGUAUUAAGUUCUUAUAAAAAAUCGGACGUAGGUAGAAUAGUGUGAAAAAAUAGGGGAGACUGAGGAAAAAGUAGACGACGAAAAGUAAAAAUUACAAGUGGGGGAGAUUGGGAACAAAAAAAGGAAAGAAACGAAAUAGUAGGUGGAGAGAUAGACGCGGAAAAACGAAAAAAAUAUAUGAAAAUCAACAAAGAGAGAGAAAAUAGUUGGGAGAGUAAAUAGGGGAAAUCGGGGAAAAGACAAAUUGAGAAAACAAUAAAAAGGAAAGGAGGAAAUCGAAUGAAGAGGGAAAACAAAAUAGAGAUUGGAAUAAAGAG